UUCCCUCUUUCUGCCUGCCUUUCAUGUUUCUUUUGUGCUCCGUUUCUUCUGUUUAGUCCUUUAUUGUUUCUAAACGAAUAGGACCUUUACAAGCAACACCAAAACUGAAUUGGGUUUGGGUUUUAUUCUCAACCUUUUGGCUUUUCUGGGUUCCAAAUGCGCACUAGUUGAUGCUGAACUGAUUACUGAAACUACAAAGUAGCAGACGACGUACACCUGUUCUGUGAAGAAAAUUUAUGACAACUAUGGAUGUCAAAGGUAUAAACUGGGUUGGGUGUGUGUACGAGAAAUUUGAAUCUAUGUGCUUGGAGGUGGAAGAAAAUAUGUACCAGGACACAGUUAAAUUUGUUGAAGAUCAGGUACAGACUGUUGGGGAGAGUGUUAAAAAGUUCUAUGCAGAUAUAAUGCAAGAUUUGCUCUGUGACUCUUCAUUGGAUGGAGAUAAUAUAUCAGCUUGUGGUUUUCCUAUUGAACAUUAUUCAGAUGUUGAUAAUUCUAAGAAAUCAAAGAUUAGAAAAACGAAAGAACAUGUAAAGGUUGGUGUUGAAGAAGUAAAUGGGGAUUCAGAGGUGAUUUCUGUUGUGGAGAAGAAUGUGGAACAUACAGGAUUGUUUCAUAGACAGCGCGUGUAUGAUUCUUGCACAAGAUCCUCAGGUGAUUGUGCUAAAGUAGCAUGCUCUGACUUGUACUCAAGACAAGACCAUGGCAUGAGAAGCUAUAUCAAUAAAAAUUUGGUUGUCAAACAAACUCCUAUCAAGGACAGAUUGCCAGGGGCAAAUACUGCUGUUGGAAAAGAUUUUAACAGAGUAUCACUAUCAUGCAGCGAAUUUUCAAAUGAAAACCAUGACGCUUCAUGUGACCAACCAGAUGAAGUUAUAACUCCUACAGUGGAAGGUAUGAGAUGUGAUUCCAUGAGGGAAAGAUGUGUGGUUGCGAAUGCUAGCCAAUGUACAGAUGAUGUUUCAAUUAACUGCCAAUCAUCUGAUUUGAUUGUUUUGGAUAAAUCUGAUGGAAAAAGAUGGAAUGAACUGUUAGAGUCAUCGAUUGGUGGGUUAUCAGCUGAAUCAAAUGGUGGAUCUAAUAUCUCCAGUGUGCAUGGAACGGAAAUCAGUCAACAAUCUGACAAGGCAAAGCUCGAGGAAACUUGUGUGAUGGUCAGUGGUGAAGAACUUCAUUUUGUUCAUCACAUGGUAGCCAACUGUAAGCCUUACAAGAAAAAAAUUCCAAAAGCCUUCACUUCAAGAACGAGUUCAGCAAGGAAACAAGAAUAUGAGCAGCUUGCAUUAUGGCAUGGGCAUCAUACAAAAGCAUUUUUAGGUGGAGAAGAUUCAAAGAAAUCCCCGACUCGUGAUAUUUGCGAAUCUGAAUGGGAGAUUCUCUAGGCGCCUUUGUAAAUUGUAAAUAAGCGUCCAACUUACUGCAGCAUCCCAUGGCUGAUCAUGGUGCUGUCUAAAUUAUCUAGCUUCUGAAAAUUUGCAAAUAAGUGGCCAGUGAUUAUGUAAUCUCUUGGUGCUACUGGGCUCAGUUGUCGAGUAUUAAAAAUCAUGUCGUCUAUACAAAAUAAAGUACCUGGAAAUGUUAUUUUAGUACAACUUGGGCCAACCCAAAUGAGACCUUCACUGUACCCAGAAUCAUAAAUAAAUUGGCUUGUACCCAUGAGUGAAUAAA